AGGCGGGUCCAGCAGCGGCAGCAGCGGCAGAGAGGAGCGGCGGCAGAGCACGGUGACACGGCGAUCCGUCUGUACAUGAUCCAAACACAACACCGGGACAAACACCGGGACCAACACACGGAGCGCACACAUCCAGCCCGCCAUGGAGUCCUAUGACAUCUUAGCUAACCAGCCCGUGGUGAUCGAUAACGGUUCGGGGGUGAUCAAGGCUGGUUUCGCAGGUGACCAGAUCCCCAAAUACUGCUUCCCCAACUAUGUGGGGCGUCCCAAGCAUGUGCGCGUGAUGGCAGGAGCCCUGGAGGGAGACCUCUUCAUUGGACCCAAGGCGGAGGAGCACCGGGGCUUGCUGUCGGUGCGGUACCCGAUGGAGCACGGCAUCGUGAAGGACUGGAACGACAUGGAGAGGAUCUGGCAGUACGUUUACUCCAAGGAGCAGCUGCAGACCUUCUCCGAGGAGCAUCCUGUCCUGCUGACCGAAGCUCCGCUCAACCCCAGCAAGAACAGGGAGAAGGCGGCCGAGGUUUUCUUCGAGACCUUCAACGUUCCGGCUCUCUUCAUCUCCAUGCAGGCCGUCCUCAGCUUGUACGCCACAGGUCGCACCACCGGUGUCGUGUUGGACUCGGGGGACGGCGUGACCCACGUGGUGCCCAUCUACGAGGGCUUCGCCAUCCCACACUCCAUCAUGCGCGUGGACAUCGCCGGACGAGACGUCUCGCGCUACCUCCGUCUGCUGCUGCGCAAAGAAGGCUACAACUUCAACACCUCGGCCGAGUUUGAGGUCGUCCGCACGGUCAAAGAGCGAGCCUGUUAUUUAUCUCUGAACCCGCAAAAGGACGAGACUUUAGAAACGGAGAAGGCUCAGUACGUUCUGCCUGACGGAAGCACUUUAAACAUCGGUCCGGCCCGGUUCCGCGCGCCGGAGCUGCUGUUCAGACCUGACCUGAUCGGAGACGAGAGCUCAGGGAUCCACGAGGUCCUGGCGUACGCUAUCCAGAAGUCUGACAUGGACCUGCGACGCACACUCUUCUCCACCAUAGUAUUGUGCGGGGGGUCGACACUGAUCAAAGGAUUUGGGGAACGACUACUAACUGAAGUCAAGAAGCUGGCACCCAAAGACGUGAAGAUCAAGAUCUCUGCCCCUCAGGAGAGGCUGUACUCCACAUGGAUCGGCGGCUCCAUCCUGGCGUCGUUGGACACCUUCAAGAAGAUGUGGGUGUCGAAGCGGGAAUACGAAGAAGACAGAGCACGUGCCAUUCACAGGAAGACCUUCUAGGAGGGGCCCGGCGUCCUGCGAAUGCCCCCCCCAGAACUGCCCUCAAACCCCACCCAACCUCCACCCUCCCUCCCUCCCCUCCUCCCUCCUCAUCAUACUGUCGGAGACUCCCAUACUGCACCUGUCCUCUCCGGGUACCUCUGCUUCUAAACCCCCUGUCAGCUUCACACGUCUCUGUGUGGGAGUUCUCAUAUGUACCUCCUCUUUCAUUCGCCUCCUCCUCCUCCCUGUUCCUCCUGCUGUAGGGUGACACCACCCUCCACCCUCCAAACAUCCACACACAGAGGGGCCGUCAGGGUAUCUGAGGGUGAACGAUUAGCACUGUGGCUCCUGUUGUCCACAUUGAAGUAUUGGUUUUGCUCUUGUCUACAAACGCCCUGCAAGGUGUCGAAUAUCAAGAAAUGUCAAUAAACCUGAAUGUUUUUUUGUUUUUGUUUUGGUAAAAUUUCCAUUCCAGACCGAAGAUCUCGAUUUUUAUUUGAUGUCCAUUUUGUAGAUUUGUUUCUGUUCGGGACGGCGCGAUGCUUUCAAGUGCUGUAGGACUUUAUAGUUCUAGUGUUGGUGAGCGAAAAACAAGCUUGAAGAGAAACCACUGUGUUGUAUUUAUCAGGCUCAAACUGCAGCGUCAUUCACCUCUUUAAUUUCCUGUCAUCUGUGUUGAUGAGGAAGAUGUUGAGUCGUUCAGUCGGCGUUUUGUGUCAGCUGACGGGAUUAAAACAGAAGAAAGUCGAAACAUGCUGUGAUUUAUUAUUAUUCUUAUUAUUUUAUUUUUGUCUCUCGUUUACAGCAGAAUCUGGUGGUUGGGUUUUUCAUUUCGGGUCUCGUGACCGUGAAGCAGAGGGACCGAAAGCUUCUUCAGAAAUCAUUUCAAACCUCAUCGGCUGUGAUCGCGGACUCUGAGAUUUCAGAACAUCAUGAAUGUUAUCGCCUCUCUGUGGCAUCAUUGUUCCUCAUGUUUCGUUUGACGUUGAAGGUUUCCCCAUGACGCCUUUGUCUGUGCACGUUUUCCAUCAGACACCGUUCUUCGUCUGUUGGAUUUAACUCCUCGUCUUCGAUUCUCGAACAACCAACACUUCCUCUUCUUUCACCCCCCGCCCGUUAAAGUCGCUCAAACUCAAACGUUCGAUUUCUCGUUGCGUACGUCAGCGAAAAACGUUGAAGAAGCUAAAACCUCAGAAUGUUUUCCUCUAAAAAUAUGAACUGAGAAUCAAACGGUCGGUUUUUUUUUACUUUCUGUAGAUCGAUGAGUUGCUUCGUUGCGUUAGCUGUUUCUCAUUAAUGCAUGCGCACGUGUGAAGUGCAGCUGAGUUGGUUUUCAUAGGAAGUUAGCCGCAGUGUUUGAAAUGAUUUCUGUGAAGUUCCUCGCAGAGCUUCACGAGUCGCACACGUUGAAGUUUUUGAGUCUGUAGAAAUAAUGACUUGUAAAUUUAUCGACCCGGUUAGAAAAACGCCGUCAGCUGCCCGACUCGUCUGUCUGAAGCUUCACUCCGAUGCAUGUCAGUUCAUCGUGUACAGGUAGACGUGUAGCCGGCCGCAGGAAGCCAACACGGCUGAUGAUUAGAUUUUAUAUUGUCCUCCCCUUCCUCCUCUCCUCUUCUCUGUGUACUCGUAAAAGUCUGGAUCUUCUGAUUUCCCCCUGCGUCUCGGGUGGCAGCGACGGGUUUGCUUCCACACCCGUUGUCGGCCUUCCUCCAGAGCGUCGUCCGCUUCUGCGUGUUUUUAAAAAAGAUUUGAAACAGAAAAAAAACAAAAACCAGAAGAAACUGUCACACGUCAUCAGCCUCGUGUACAGUGGAAUGCUUUUCAACAACAACCUCCACACAAAGCGUCAGAUAACAGACUAAAAAUGUACAAUACUGUUUAUUCAAGUGUUUGCUUUUACUUUUCGUAAAUUCAAUAUAAUAAAUAAGUUAAUGGCU